GGCAGAGGCUUUCGACCGCCGCACGCGAGAGACGAAGCGUCCAGACUUGGAAACACGCGGUUCACGAAAUGGGCGAGCGAGCGAUUAACUUUGGCGCCGGACCGGGAAAACUUCCCCUCGAGGUGUUGAAGCAAGUUCAGGAUGAAUUGUUAACUUACGGGAAUACUGGAGUUAGUAUAUUGGAAAUCAGUCAUCGGUCUGCCGAUUUUAAAAAAGUGAUCGAAGAUGCGCAGGCACGACUCACGGAAAUUCUCCACAUACCGGACAACUACAAAGUCAUGUUCCUGCAAGGUGGUGGAAGUGGACUAUUUGCGGCAGUGCCGCUCAACAUGAUGAAAACAGGAUCCGCCGAUUACAUAGUUACCGGUUCCUGGUCGUCAAAGGCGGCGAAAGAAGCUGCAAAGUAUGGAAAAGUUAAUCUGGUGCUACCGAAAACCAGUAAAUACACCGAAAUCCCUGAAAAAUCGGCCUGGAAUCUCGAUCCGAAUGCUUCAUACGUAUACUACUGCGAUAACGAAACGAUUCAUGGAAUUGAGUUCCACGAUGUUCCCGAUACCCAUGGCGUUCCUUUGGUAGCGGACAUGUCAUCGAAUUUCAUCUCAAAGCCAGUUGACGUUUCCAAGUUUGCUUGUAUAUUUGCCGGAGCGCAAAAAAACGUUGGACCGUCCGGAGUCACGAUCGCGAUCGUCAGGAAAGACUUUAUCGGCACGGCGAUGCCGAUAUGCCCCUCAAUUUUCGACUUUAGCGUGGUGGCCGAAGCCAACUCGAUUUACAACACGCCACCAGUUUUCCAAAUCUACUUUGUUGGUCUCGUCUUCGACUGGAUAAUGAGGAACGGUGGAGUAGAAGGUAUGCGAGAUCUAGCCGCAAAAAAGAGCAAGCUGAUCUACGACGCGAUCGAGGAGUCGAACGGCUUCUACGUUUGCCCCAUCCAAAAGGACUGCCGCAGCAGAAUGAACGUUCCAUUCAGAAUAAAGAACAACGAAGAGCUGGAGAACAAAUUUGUCACGGGAGCCAAGAAGGAUCACAACAUGUUGCAGUUGAAAGGCCACAGGUCGGUCGGUGGGAUUCGAGCUUCGCUGUACAACGCAGUGACACUGGACGAAGUUGAAAUUUUGGCCAAGUACAUGAAGUCGUUUUAUGAAGAAAAUAAGUAACGUUACGAGGAAAGGAUCAUGGUUGCAAGGUUGAAUGAUUAAUUGUUGAAAAUGUUUGUUGUAAAGUUAUAAUAUAAAUUUUUUUUACACAA